AUGGUGAAUUUCUGCUGCAGCAGCUUCAUCAGUGGCAUCAGAAGCGCAGCAGCAGCUGCUGCUGCUGAGUACUGCAGAAGAGCAGCAGCAACAGCAGCAGCAGCAGAAGCAGCAGGUGCUGUGGGGUGUAUUCAUACCGAAGCAAACGUUGAAACAUCAUUUUGGCGGUCUUCUUGUGGCUGUAAGCUGCAGCAGGUGCAGCAGCUGCAGCAGCUGCAGCAGCUGCAGCACCCGGUGCAGCAGCAGCUGCUGGAGCUGCAGCAGCAGCAACAACAGCAGCAGCACUUUCACCACGAGGAGAGAACAGCUGCACAAGAAGCUGUGGUCUCAGUAACGGGGCCGAAGGAAGCAGCAGCAGCAGAAACAGCAGCAGCAGCAGCAGCAGCAGCCGAUUCAUUGGGGGGUUCAUUGACAGCACGUGUGGGGCGCGUGCUGCGAAGGCAGAGGCGGCAGCAGCAGCAGCAGCAGCAGCAGGGUGUUGCUGCAGCUUCGAGCGGCGAUGCAGCCCCUCCUCCUGCUCCAGCAGCAACAGCAGCACCAGCAGCACCAGCAGCAGCAGCAGCAGCAGCAGCAGGUCCUUGGGGUGGUGAUGAGGGUUCAUUUGCUGCUGUUGUCUCUUCUCCGUCUCCUCCAACUCUUCCUUCUCUGCCUGCAAUCGGGUUAAUUAGAAGACCUGCAUUUCCAGGGUUUUAUCAAUUGCUGCAAAUACCCGAUCAAGAGUUGUUUGAGGAGCUGGUGCGUUUAAAAACCAGCGGAGGCUGGCGUGAUUUUGUCGGGGGUUUUUUACUUCGAAGAGAAGCCGAAGUAGAAGAAGACGUGGGGCCUGGAGCAAAGCUAAGAGAGGAUGCUGGCAGCGUUUCGUCUUUAGAGGAGAUACACCCCGUGGGUUGUUUGCUGCAUCUGCUGACGUUGGCGCCGCAUCCAACACAAGGGGGAGGCCAGGCAAUUGUUAUGCCUUAUAGACGCAUAAAGUUGCUGGGCCUUUCUCAAUCUCCAGAAGAAGCGGCAGCAGCAGCAGCAGCAGCAGAGACAACAGAAGCAACAGAUGCAGCAGCAGCAGCAGCAGCAGCGGACGCAGGUGAAGCAGCAGCGCCAAACGUAGCAGAGAGUGCUCCUGCUGCUGAGGGAGGAGGUGCUGCAGCAGCAAAAACAGCAGCAGCCAUACCCUCUCCAUCCGAUGCUGCUGCUGCUGCUGACGGCAGUCAGAAGCAGCAGCCACAACAACAGCAGCAGCAGCAGCAGCAGCAGCUGCGGGAAGAACCGCAGGGGGAGGCGGAGCAGCCACAGCGGGAGCAGCAGCAGCUGGAGCAGCAGCAGCAACAUGAGCAGCCUUCUGAGCAAGAGAAGCAGGCGAAGGAGGAGCAGGAACAGCAGGAGCAGCAGCAGCAGCAGGAGCAGCAGGAGCAGCAGCAGAAGCAGCAGCAGCAUCAUUCAGCGGCCGACGACUCCGACGGCUCUGCUGUUGAUGGUUUGCUGCCUUCACUUCCCUCCAGCAGCAGCAGCAGCAGCAACAGCAGCAGCAGACGCAGCGCGCUGCUGUAUGUCUCAGUAGCUUUCCCUCGAGAGACAGCAGCGACAGUCUUCAGCAGCAGCAGCAGCAGCAACAGCAGCAGCUACGCAGGAAAUGGUGUUGUUAAGAUGCUGCAUAUGGAAAUCUUGGCAACGAUGAAAGAACUGCUUAAAACCUCCUACUUCUAUAAAGAGCACUUCGAUCAAGUGAUUCGGUUUUACAACAUCGAUUACCCCCAAAAGUUGGCGGAUUUGGUCGCGGGGAUUUCGUUUGCGCGUCGCGACGAACUGCAGGCGGUGCUCGCGGAGGAAGACAUUGAGAAGCGUCUGAUGCUCGUCUUGCAAAUAGCAAAGAAAGAUUUGGAGUUUGCAAAACUUCAGGUGAACGUUAAGGCCCAGGUAGAAGAUAAAGUGAUGAAGGUUCAGCGAAAGUUUUUGCUGCAGGAGCAGCUUAAAUUAAUCAAAAAGGAGUUAGGUUUAAGUAAAGACGACAAGGAAUCCAUCAUAGACGUAAACCCUAAACCCUAA